GCGCAGACAAAACAGAGGCAGAAAGAGGCGGUCGACUGGUUUGAAGCGAUCUCGACACCGCAGACAGAAAUUCUUACACCGCUUUUACUUCUUCCUUCGCGGCUUUUCUGCUAGGCGAACGCCUGUUUCAACGACGACGACGACGAAGUCGACGGAUCCACUGGUGCCUGGGCCUGUCUUCAAUUACAGAUGGCUUCUGAGCCAUCAGGGCAACCGAGCGACGACCGACCGGCUACGGAACAGCAUCUGAACGGGUCCGCGUCCAGCGAUGCCGGUCAUAAUCCGCGAUUGACAGUGAUCGAGCCCAAUGGCAGAAGCUCGAUGAUGAUGGAGAAUAGAUCCGCAGAACACCUGAAACCCUCGGGUGAACUGCCGAGGAGCGAACAGAAGGUCGAUUCAAAUGCCUCGAGAUUCAGCACCGAGACUACCGGCUCUGAUAAUCAUACCAACGUCUCUCUAUAUGCGCCGAGUACAGUCAGCCGGCCAAAUUCACCGUCUCAACAGAUUGAUGCUAUCCCCGCCUCUCCUGCUCUUUCUACUUCUAGAAUCUCUUAUGACUCGGCAUCUUUCUCCCCAACCCAGUCAUCAUUGAUGUCUCCAUCAAAUCUCACCUUGACUGCUCAGUACAAUAACGGGGCUAGCAGUAUAGAUAGUGGGAGUGUGCGACGCGCUUCCACUACUAGCUCUACAUCAAUGCUCAGUCUGCGACGUGAUCUCACGUCUCUUGGGUUUAACAAAAGCAGUAUAGCUACGAAUGCAAUUGCAACACUCCUCAAUUCCCCAAGCGCUCGCGCGGCUGCUUGGUCGCCGACAAUUCGAGAUAUCCCUCCGGUCGUUUUGACAAAUCUCAACAUCGUCCCGCCCGAGGCUUUCAACGAGUAUCUGGACAGCAUCACGUCGGAGUUUGAAAAGUAUCAGCAUAUACGCGGGCCCGGGACCGAAGGAUUCAGAAGCGUGGCAGUUUCUCCCCGUAAAGGAAUCCCCCAAAGAGGAGACUCGCUAGGCCAAUCUGCUCCUUCUUCGUUUGUUGACAUGCUUGACAAUCGGCUACUAAAGUCGGCACCGACCACAGAAGAUGGUGCGGAUAAGAAAGCUGGUGAUGGGAAAGUGCGGCAUUCUAAAAAGUAUAGGCCGAUCCCGGUUACUCCGUUGUCGACGAUUCCGCAGGUUUACUUUGAUGCGAAUUUCAAAUUGGAGAAUCCUCGCAUAUUCGACGUCGUUACAGAAAGAUCCGAGAUUCUAUCCGCGCCCACCCCAACCUCCUCUAUCUCCAGUACACCAACCGCAAGCUCAUCGUCUUCUACAGUUGUGUCAAAAGAUCCUCACAGCCCAAUAAGCAGAAAAUCACUGGCGAACAAUGCGAUUCUGCAAGAGAAGCUAUCGUGGUAUCUUGAUACGGUAGAAGUCCAUUUGAUCAACGAAAUCUCGAAAGCCUCGCCUUCAUUCUUCGCCGCCUUGGGGGAUUUGAGGAACUUGCAUGUCGAAACAGCCAACGCGGUGAGCAAGAUUUCAGGUUUGCGGGAGGACCUUCGUCGCGUUGAUCUGGAGCAAGCCGAGGUAGGACUAGAAAUUGUCCGAUUACAAAAACGGAAGGAGAAUGUCCGAAAAUUGGAGCAGGCUGUCGCUCAGAUGUCACUGGUGUCGGAUGUCUUGGCUGAGGCGGAAAAUUUUUGGAAAAACGACGACGCUGAUGCGUGCUGGGAUACGACGUUCAAGGUCGACAACGUGGUCUCUGGAGGUAUUCCUUUGUCGGUGUUGCAGCAAGAGCGCUCGCAGUGCAAGAACUGGAAAUUUCCCCUAUCUGAUCUUUCUAGUGUUCCGGCGAUUGCCGCUGUCAGAGAUCAGCAGACCAGUUUGAGGAACUGCGUUAUCAAUGAGUAUCAAGUGCGGUUUACGAGCUGCUUGCUUGAGGAUAUCAGACGCCACGUUGCGUCGGUGCCAACCCAGGAGACUUUAGAUAGGUUGAGCAGAACCUACUCUAAUUCGAGAAUCAAUCGUUCUGCAGCGACCUCGUCUGGUGCUCCACCGCCCAUCAACAACUCCUAUCUGAACCUACCUGCGCGGCUGAAGCCAGAUGUUGCUUCUUAUAUGCAAGGAUUGGCAAAGAUCGGAUCGGUGGACUCUGGUGUGCGGCGAUACCGCGACGCUAUCAUGCGCGAAGUGAAGAAUCUGAUCAAGAGAAACUUGCCAACGAAUGCAAACGAUGACGCGUCAUCAGUAGCGAGUAGUGCGACAGGAAGGACCGCCACUACAGCGCAGAAAUCUGCCACUUUGGAGAGAAUGCUGCGGGAGAUGAGACCACAGGAGUUUGAAGAUAUGCUAGUCGAUAUUUUCACUGGAGUAUCGGAACUCUUGCGUCGGUUAUCUAUGCACCAGAAACUACUGCUUGAUAUCACCUCAUCGAUGGACACGAUCCUCGAUAUCUCCGACCUGUUGACUGAAGUCGCUGAUAUCACUCAAGCGCGGACGGUUAGGAUUAUCAAUGUCCGUCGGGACUUGAACGCAUACCAAGAUCCCUCGUUGUUUGCGAGCUUCUACAACCUGAACAGAGUUUUCCUUGCCGAGUGCGAGGCCAUCACGGGAAAGUUUGGAACUGCUUUGUUGAAUACCGUGAAGUCCUUGCAACCGCCUCCGCCUCCUAAUCAGCUACCCCCGGGUGGUCGAAUGCAAGAAUCCUUGGAACGGCGAAAAUAAAAUGCAUUCAGCUAGGAAGAAGCUGUAUAGAGGAUUUAUGUAUAGUUACACAUUGCAUUAUAUUUCGUUGGGAUACAGUUUUGUGACGGGUGGGGUUAUUUUAUGUUCUGGCCGCGCCCUAUUUUCUUCUUUUUUUUCAUUAUUAUUUCUUCAGAUGGUUUUGGGAUUUGUAGAAACCGACGGUUAUUUUUAUUCACAUAAAUGGAAGUUGUUGAUUGGUUUUCAAUACGAAUGGAAGACAAGUAAACUACGCUCACACUCAGGGGCUCACCAGGCGUAAUGUAGAGUUUA